UUUAAGUAAAAUUAUUCGGUUUAGAAGGAUUUAUAUUGUUUGAUGGCUUAUGAUGUCAGAGACAGGUGUACAAAAAAUUGUGCUAGUGGAAAUGUAGUCGCGAAGGUGAUGAAGAUAUAUUCUAAUUGUCGUGAAGGUGUUUCGAAAAAUUUCCAUAGUCAGAUUUAUGAUCCAUUGAAUAUCCAAGAGUUGUACGUUGGAAAAAAACUUUAAAGAAAAAUUUUAAAAGCUUCCCUUUUUAAAAAAAUUUCUAUUUUGAGUUAUUGUUAUUCCGGAUUCAUCUGAUUUUGAUAUCAUUUUUUCCGACCUUUUUAGACGAUGUGGUUUAUGUUAAUGAUUCUGGCACCAUUCCUACAGAAAUGUUCUUCAAAAUGUCAAGUUGAACCGACUGUCGAUAUCCCUUUAGGGAAAAUCAUGGGGAAAACAGUAUUCUUUGACGACAUUCCAGUAUUCACAUUUCAAAGCAUACCAUAUGCAAAACCACCACUUAAUGACAAACGCUUCAAAAGAACUGAACCAGUGGAACCUUGGGAUCAACCAUUACUGGCCACACAUUUACCACCAGCGUGUGUCCAGCAUUCAUCGAAUCCUUUCCCAUGGCUGGAUGAUUUUCCUGGACAUUCAGAAGAUUGUUUGUACCUCAAUAUUUGGGUACCGACUAAUGCCAGUUCCUUAAAUAAAAAGCCCGUCAUGUUUUACAUCCACGGAGGAGGAUUUAGAAUUAGUUCAAGUAGAAUAGAUUUUUAUGAUGGUAGGGUAUUAGCUGCACUAGGAGAUGUCAUAGUUGUGAAUACAAACUAUAGGUUAGGGGCAUUGGGGUUUCUUUACUUAGGAAUCGAAGAUGCCCCAGGAAAUAUGGGUAUUCAUGAUAUAUACGAAUCACUAAAGUGGGUUCGCUCGAAUAUAGAAUCUUUUGGUGGUGACAAACAUCGUAUAACUCUUUUUGGCCAAAGCGCUGGAGCGAUUUCUAUAGGAAUGUUCAUGACUUCUCCUGCCUUUAAUGGAAUAUUUCAUCGAGCCAUAAUGGAAAGUGGAACAGCAGCCACCUUAAGAGGCAAGAACAAUGCAAAAGACACUGAACUUGGAGAACUUUUGGCAAAGGGAAUUGGAUGUGCCAGAGACAACAAGACAUUUGAGCAAGAACCAGAAAAGGUUGUUAACUGCCUAAAAGGUGCAGAUGCUUUAAACUUGACCAAAGUUUCGGGGAAUGUGAACCCUAAUCCACAGAGCGGAUAUUUUCCAAGAUAUGGUGAUAAUCUGCUACCCCACGAUCCUCGCCUAUCACUGAUAAAAGGUGAUUUUAUGCCUGUAGAUCUCUUGAUCGGUGCUAACCAUAAUGAAGGAUCAAUUUCAAUUACCAAGGAGUGGACGGAUGUUUUUGGCUUCUUUGGCGAAAAAACUUCGAAAAUUAACAAAACAUUUGGUGAAAAAAUUCUCAAGAAUAUUUUCCUUAGUUUUCCGUACAGAAAAGCAGUGAUACAACGUUAUUUAGGGGAUUUAGAUGAAGAUUGUGAUGACAUUCUAUAUCAAGUACAAGCUGCAAUAGGGGAUCUCACCCGAAUUUGCCCGUCGAUUUACUUAGCUGAGACAGUGGCUCAAAAAAAUGACAAUGUGUAUUUUUAUUUUUUUAAACAUCGACCCUCCAACUCCCCUUUCGCACCGUGGAUGGGUGUGGUCCAUUUCGAUGAAACCCCUUUCGCAUUCGGAUACCCUCUGAGGUACCCACAGAAUUACACAGCAUAUGAAGUACAGCUAAGUCUAGAAAUGGUACAUGUCUGGACAAGUUUUGCUAAAAAUGGGUUCCCAAGUAUACCAUGGCCAAAAUAUUCAAAGAGAACGCAUCGAUACAAAGCUUUUGAGCAAAAAACAAAUACUCUUAAAGUUGGACCACAUUUAGAAAGUUGUAAUUUCUUCAGAAAAUCAUUCGGCUUUUAGGUAUUGCCAAUUAAACUGAUGGACCACGCGAGAUUUUUUAUGACGCAGCAAAGUUAACCGACCUUACAAGCGAAACAUAAAUAUCAUCCCUCAACUUGUUUAAAAUCAAAACAAUAUAACAAAAGUAGAACUCGUUACAUUAUGGAAAUGGUUGAACCUCUUUCUAACCAAGUUUGAAGCUAUUAGAAAACUUCGCAGUUUUCCGUAUCGAGCAAGUUCACGUACACAUAUUUUGUAGUAACUGCGCAUGCACAGAUAAAGUGCGCCGAAUUAACAUUAAAAAAUUAAUAAAAUAGUUAACGAACAUGUAAAGUUACUUCCUAACUUGCGCACGCGAUUAUACAUUAAGCUUCAAAAUCUCUUGAAAAUCACGACCGUCCAUCACGUCUUAGCCUAGCCAAUGCAAAAUUUUUAAAAAAUUAGUACUUCAAUCUAUCUCUUCUCUUAUCUACAUUAUAUGGUCAAUAAAAAAUUUUUAAAGUACCCGUUGAUAUGAUUGUUCAAAUUGAUAAUUUAGUGAACUGGGAUAAAUUAACGCUCUAUUAAGUGAAUUGGUGUUUUUCAACUAUUCUUUUAUUCAAUUUAUAAAAUUGCGAAGUGUUAUUAAUCGCAUGGAACAGAUUUGAGAUGUAAAUGUGAACUUAUUUGAAAUAAUGCAUUUUUGAAUAAAAUUUUCCUUAACAAAA